AAUACAUCAAAUAAUUGUUUUAAACACUUGGUUUUUAUUUUGGAGAACUUUGAAUUUUUCGGUCGAGUUUCGCAUCGGUUGGCUAGGCCGUGGUUAAGGCAAAAACCAUGGGUUCUUGACUAACCACCCACCCAGCGAUGGGAAGAUCUUCCCAUCGAUGGGUAAGCGGCCCCUCAGCCAAACCAGUUUCCAGAACCAUGCCAAACAACGAUGGGGAGUUCUACCCAUCGCUGUUAAAGCCUUGGUGCAAUAUUAACACAAGGCAGAACGACCUUGCCCAGCGAUGGGAAACCUAUCCCAUCGAUGGGAACCCAGCAAUGAAGACGUACACCGACAGGGAUCUUGUGCGAAAGAUCCUACGGAGCUUGACAUCCGAAUGGCGAUCCAAGGCCGAUGCCAUCUAUGAAUCAAUCGGCACAUCAAAUGUCACCAUCGAUGGCCUAAGAGGUAAUCUAAAAACCUAUGAAUCGACUAUUCUUAAUCCGUCUUUGAAUGACCAAAGGAAAGGGAUAGCACUAAAAGCCAUCAAAGAAUCAACGAUGGAUGAUUCAAGUGACGAUGAUGAAGUCAAGCUUGUCAUGAAGAAGUUCUGCAAACUUCUAAGAAAGAAAGAAAAGGUUGAGGAUGGCCCUGUGUGCUAUGGAUGUGGAGAAGCCAGGCACAUCUAGAACAAAUGCCCGAAAAGCGGAAGGAAUGCUCGACACUUCAAAAGGCAAAAGGCGACGAGUCAACCGACCAAGAUGAGGAUGAAGUUGCCAACCUCUGUCUCAUGGAACACGAAGACCAAACCGACGAUGUACAAGAGGUAUGUACCAUUUCUUCCGACUCUUACACUUUUGAAGAAAUGCAAGAAGCACUUCACGAACUUUAUGAUGAAUUUGUUAGCGCUUCUAAACUCAACAAAUCGUUAAAGAAACGCCUGUCCACUCU